AUGUGUGCAUAAUACCAUAUUUCUUACCAAUCAACACUCGGACCUCUUGUCGAUUAUCUAUGUCGAGUAUCUUGAGGACUGCCCUUGUUAGUGCUGGUCCUGCCUGCCGCAUUGGCAUUCUUCACUCUGGGUUGAACCUAGCCCCUAAAUUAGGAACUACGUUCGCAACACGAGCGCUCAUUCAUACUGGUCAACCAAACAACAACUCAUUGACAGGGAAACGAAUCAAUGAAGAAUCCCCCACAGGAACAGAGGGCUUCCAUCUCAAAGACUCGGCUGCAUCUAAGCAGGGUCUGACUACUCCUGAUGCAGUUAGCACAUUGCCACCGACUAUCGUGCGAGGCGAUUGGGUUCUAUUUCAUCCUGUAUACUCUCAGGAGGAGAUCAAAGCAGUCGAGGUUCUCCAAAGGGAAGCGAAAACUAUAUCGGACAAAAUUGCAUACCAUCUUGUCAGGUUGACAAGAUGGGGAUUUGAUCUAGUGUCUGGUUACAAACACAAGCCGAUCCCCGCUGAUAGCAAGAUGUCGGUCGAAGAACUCAGGAAGGGCGGAUAUAUCUUGGAUGAGAAGGCGUGGUUAAGUCGCAUCCUUUUCUUGGAGACAGUUGCCGGGGUGCCCGGAAUGGUCGCGGCGAUGCUCCGCCACCUCACCAGCCUGCGUCUCAUGCGUCGAGACUCUGGUUGGAUACAUACCUUGCUGGAGGAAGCCGAGAAUGAAAGAAUGCAUCUAAUGACCUUUAUGACCUUGCGAAGGCCUUCAUUAUUUUUCCGAGGCCUGGUUUUAGGGGCGCAGGGCGUGUUUUUUAACUUAUUUUUCUUAUCCUACAUAAUAUCGCCCCGCACAUGUCACCGAUUUGUUGCAUACUUAGAGGAAGAAGCCGUUUUAACCUAUACUCGUUGUAUCCAGGACAUCGAAUCUGGACGUCUACCUGAAUGGAGCAAUAUGCCUGCUCCGGAGAUUGCCAAAGACUAUUGGCGUCUAGACCCUAGCGCCAACCUACUUGACGUCAUUUACGCUGUGCGGUCUGAUGAAUCUACGCACCGUUUCGUGAACCACAGUUUCGCCAACCUGAAUACCGAGACUGACGUAAACCCUUUCGCCCUCCGAGAACCUGACAUGCUUGUCAAAGGGCGCAAGCUUGGAUUCUCGAGGGAGGAAGCCGAACAGUACGUGGAGGAGUCGCAUCAAAUGCUGGAGCACGGUAAAGCCGACUCGAAGUAGCCGGCUAGUACAUCUCGGAUCUCGGACCAGGCCACGGACCGUCGCAUCCGUUAUACGUUAAACCCCCACUCGAUUUAGAUACAUACAUUACAUACUGAUAUAGACACUGAACAUUCUGAGAACAAUUAGACUACCGAGCUAGACACCAUGAUAAACGAAAUACAUUGGGAGCGAAAACGCGGCCGACAGAACCCCACACGUGCAUAAAGGUUUGAAAGUGUACAAGAAGAUUUACGUCUAUCCUUGUUGGUUU